CUGCUUGGAUGACAUCUUUCUGCCUCCAUCCCAAGGGCUUUGCCGCUUGCACCAGACGUCCUCUGCAACUCAGAUCCAGAUCUGAGAAUUUUCCAGAGGAAUUUAUGUCUUCUUCCUGGGGAGGAAGACAUCAGACACACAGCAGACAGGGACUGGGUGAUCCACAGAAACCAAAAGGGUGCUUACAUUCUUUCUGCCAAAUAGUUUCUGUCUAUGAUUGGUCUCUGUGAAUCCCUUCCCUUUGUAUCUUUUGAGAUGGGUGAGACAGAACAAGAAGGACUAGAAGGUAAUAGGCCACUGAGUCCUUCCUGCUCAGAGGAUGCUCCAUGCACCCCUCCAAUACCUCCCCUGCCUCUCCCUGCUGCAAUUAGAGGAGGACUUUUGGGAUCUGAUGACGAGGAACAAGAGGACCCUCGAGAUUACUGCAGAGGUGGGUAUUAUCCAGUAAAGAUAGGGGACUUGUUCAACGGGCGCUACCAUGUGGUGCGGAAACUUGGCUGGGGGCACUUUUCUACCGUCUGGCUUUGCUGGGACAUUAAGCGGAAGCGUUUUGUGGCCCUCAAAGUUGUGAAGAGUGCUGUGCACUAUACCGAGACAGCUGUGGAUGAAAUAAAGUUGCUGAAAUGUGUGCGGGACUCUGAUCCCAGUGACCUUAAGCGUGAAAACAUUGUCCAGCUGAUUGAUGAUUUCAAGAUCUCAGGGAUCAAUGGUGUCCAUGUCUGCAUGGUCCUGGAAGUUUUAGGGCACCAGCUGUUGAAAUGGAUCAUCAAAUCCAACUACCAAGGGCUUCCUAUACCUUGUGUCAAGAGUAUCUUACGCCAGGUAUUACAGGGCCUUGACUACCUCCACACGAAGUGCAAAAUCAUCCACACAGACAUAAAGCCGGAGAAUAUCCUGAUGUGUGUAGAUGAGGGCUAUGUGCGGCGUCUGGCAGCUGAAGCCACCGUUUGGCAGCAGACUGGGGGGCCUCCCCCUUCUGGCUCUUCAGUCAGCUCUGCACCCCAGGAAACCCUGCAGAAUGGGAAGUUGUCCAAGAACAAGAGGAAGAAGCUGAAGAGGAAACAGAAAAGACAGAGCCAGCUCCUGGCUGAACGGCUUCGGGACCUUCAGCAGCUGGAGGAUCUGGCAGCUGCAGGCGAUGUCGGUGGAUCUACCCUCACCUCAGAGCUGCAGGGUGGAACCCCUAUCUCAGUCUCCACAGCUGGAGGAACAGAGCCCUCAGGGGGAUCUCUAGCUUGCAGCCCCCAGAGCUUGACAUCUUCCUCUGGUUUCUACACACACAAUGCCUAUGACAGCUGCAACGGCCAUUCUCCUCCGGGCACUGCCAGCCGCCACUUCAGCCCAGACUCAGCAACUUCUGGCUUCUCAGGGUCCCUCUUCUCUGGCUCAGCCAUGUCCAGUGUGUCUAACCAGCGGGAGCGUGGAGGGCUUCUUUCUCCCAGCACUUUUGGUACCUCUGAAUUCUUGGUGAACCCCUUAGAACCCCAAAAUGCAGACAAAAUCCGAGUGAAGAUAGCAGAUCUAGGCAAUGCCUGCUGGGUGCACAAACAUUUUACAGAGGACAUUCAGACACGCCAGUAUCGGGCACUAGAGGUCCUAAUUGGUGCCACCUACAAUACCCCGGCUGAUAUUUGGAGCACAGCAUGCAUGGCGUUUGAGCUGGCAACUGGUGAUUACCUCUUUGAACCGCACUCAGGCGAGGAUUAUACCAGAGAUGAAGAUCACAUCGCUCACAUUGUUGAAUUGUUGGGUGACAUCCCUCCACACUUUGCUCUUUCAGGGCGCUAUUCGCGUGAGUACUUCAACCGGAGAGGGGAACUGCGUCACAUUAAGAACCUGAAGCACUGGGGCCUGUAUGAAGUCCUGGUGGAGAAAUACGAGUGGCCUCUCGAGCAGGCGGCCCAGUUCACAGAUUUCCUCUUGCCUAUGAUGGAAUUCAUCCCAGAAGAGCGGGCCACAGCCGUCCAAUGUCUAGAGCACCCAUGGCUCAACUCCUAAGGCCAAAUCUCAUCCAGAUAGACCGGUUGCUGAUGUAAAGGGACUCCCUGCUCAUGAGGAUUUCUCUGCCAGUGGGGCCUUGUCUCAUCAAUGGAGCAGAGCAGGGCUUUUUGUUUUGUUUUGUUUCCCCCAGCUCUUCCUCCCCAGUGGAGGGCACUCCAGGAUUUGGAGACAAAAGGCUGUUUCUGCUGGCAAAUUACAUGGUGGACUGGAAGCCCAGAGCCCUGGUGUCGCUUUGGCACUAGUUCCAAAGCACAGCCAGGAGAUGCCCGUGAUCUCUCAUCAGUUUUUUUCCUACUGAGACAUUGCCUUCCUGGAGUGAUUUAUGGCCAUCUUUCCCUACCAGCCCUUGACUGAAGCCAUUUUGACUUUUUUUAAAAGUCUUGGAACUUCUUGCAGAUUUCUUCCCCCAGUUUUCCCAGCCCUGUUGGGCACGAGAGUGGAUGUGAAGCAGUGCGAGAGGAAAAGAUUUUUAGCAUGUGUGAAUGUGGUAUAGGGGAAAUGUGUGAACAAGGUUUGGAUAACUGGAAAAUGUACUUAGAUGUUUGAGCAGGAAGUUGGAAGUGACAGCAUCACCUCUGUUUGAGCCUUUCUAUAGUGGACCUAAUGUGUGCUCCUCCCCUGCCCAGAGGUCUAUGCCAAGGAAGUGUGACCUUUCUUCAGCAAAUAUUAUGCAAACCAAUAAAUUUUAUGCAAAGUUACACAGCCUUAGCCUGGAUGUUCAAUGGUGCAGCUAUUUGGAUUGGUUGGUAGCCUGCAAAAAAGCAGUGGUAAAUUCUAUAGGUAGUAAAAUGGAAGGUGGGGAAUUCAGUUCUUAACUGGCUGUUUACCCUCUAGCACCUCACGGGCACUGAAUGGAAGGAUAGUUGAGAAUUGUGAUGAAUUCUAAUGGAAUAAACAUGGCCCCAUAGGGCUCAUCCACUCCAUGUGCAUUUGCAAAUCCUUUCCCCUGCUGCUUUGAUGUAUUAUGCUAUGGUCUCUAGCAUGCGUGUUUUAUACUUACCAAGAGAUGAAUUACAAGUAUCUGCUCUUAAUUUGGUAUUAUGAAAAUCACCUCUAUUACAAAAGAUGUUUCUAGCCCUUCUUCAUGUGAAGAAAUUACUUUUCUAAAGAGCAAUAGUAAAAAGGAAUUUUUAUACUUUCUGGUCCCUAUCUCCACAAUUUCCCCCAAUUGCUGUUUUUCCUCCCACCCCAAUUUUUGUGAUGGGUAGAAGAUAUAAUAUUCUUCAUAUCCUAGUGUUUGUGUAUUGUAUUUCAAGCCUUACUGUAGCUGGGGUGAAAAGAAGAAAAUUAAGUGUAUGUUUGCAUUUGUGUGACUACCUUCCAGUACAUCUCUGUGCAGCUAGAAUUUUUGCUGUCUGAAGCUGUUAUUGCAAUUCCCCCUCUGGGGGGGGUUACAUUUAUAUUUGACACUUUUGCUACCUGUGAUGAGCUUCUGGAUUUCUUUUAAGGCUGAGAGAACAGCUACUUCAGAAGCUACUUUGUGCCUUUUUGGAAGAAGCCUAUCUGCUGUGCGUGGUGAAAGACUGAAGAGAAUGGAGCAAAAAGGACACCAGUGGUUUCUAGUCAGGUCCCCAGAUGAUGCUGGGCUACAGCUCUCAGAAUACCUGACUAUUGGCCAUAUUUAGCUAGUCUUUCUGAGAGCUGAAGUCCUACAGCAGAAUAGGAAAGUCACUUCAUCAGGGUGGGGAAAGUGCAGUCCCCAAGGCCAUUCUAAUGAUCCUCAGUUUGUUCCAGAGGGUGUGGAGGGCAUUUUUGCUAAUUUCUGGAACCCCCUGGGCCAUUUUAGGCCCAGAAAAGGACCUUUUUAAGAAAUAGAAGUUACUUCCACUCACUUCCUGUUUUGAAAAAAAGACCUCUCCUGGUCUUAAAAUGGCCCCUCAAUAGCUCAUGGAGGGCAUUUGGGAGUCCAUGCCUCCCUCCACCCCCCACCCUCAUCUCCUAGCAGCUCCCUAUCCUCUCAGUUUCCCACCCCAGCACUACAUUAUAGCCUUUCACCAAAAAUGUUUGGGCUCAGAAGUAAACUAAAGGAAAAGCAUGGGGGUGUAGUAAAGACAUGCCUGGAGCCAGGCAUACAACCUGCCCCCAGCCCAGACAUAACUUGCAUCUCGGAUAUAAGAUUUCAACUAUAUUAAAUUGAACGUAAAUCCUAUUGGUUUCAGAAGAGGUUCAGCUCACUCCAGUCAACAGUAUCGGCAGUUAAGAGCUCUGUCUCCCUCUACAUGCUCCAUUCAUAGCCUUCAGUGGAAGUUUUGAAACCUCUUGGGCCUGAAAAACCACCUCUGGGUGCAGCAUUACCCCAGGGAGUCCCUUGAAGGCAAAGUUGUGUUCAGGGGAACUUGGUGUCAUGCAUGUCAUACAUGUGAGACAGGAAUAUUUCCUUGCACUGCAGUUUGAGAGAAAAAAGCCAUGGCCUUUGAUUUGGAUGUGGUCUGUGUGUGCCAGUGUUAGGGGAGCAUAUAUGUGUGUGCGCGUGUGGUUGUUCUGAAGCCCCCCUGUGCUGUUGGCAGGGACUGAAUUUAAGACUUUUCAUUAAAAGAUUUGCAAUA